UUGAAAAAACAUUCAGAGUCAAACGUGAAGAUACUGAGGAACAAACAGAUCCAUGUGACACUAUUAUAAAGAUGGAGUUUAUUAAAGAGGAGCGCGAAGACAUGAAGAUUGAAGAAACAUUCAGAGUCAAACAUGAAGAUACUGAGGAACAAACAGACCUGAUGACACUGAAAGAGGAGAGUCAAGAACUCAAUGAAAAGGAAGAUAAUGUUCAGCAUGAGAAAUAUGAUUUCAUGAAUGAAGAAAAAUUAUUUAGUUGCUCGCAUAGUGAAAAGACUUCACGAAAAAGAGCUCAAAAUACAGCAAAUAGAAGUUAUUUCACCUGCCAACAGUGUGGGAAAAGCUUUACUGAAAAAUCAAACCUUACUGUUCACAUGAGAAUUCACAGUGGAGAGAAACCGUUCACAUGUUCUCAAUGUGGAAAAAGAUUUACAUAUAAACAACACCUCGAUGACCACAUAAGAAUUCAUACUGGAGAAAAGCCUUACACCUGCCAACAAUGUGGAAAGAGUUUCAUUCAAAAAGGACACCUUAGAGACCACAUGAGAACUCACUCUGGAGAGAAACCUUACACAUGCAAUCUGUGUGGAAAGAGCUUCAUUCGAAAAUCAAACCUUAACAAGCACAUGAGAAUUCACACUGGAGAGAAACCUUUCAUAUGUUCUCAAUGUGGAAAAAGUUUUACAUUUAAACAACACCUCGAUGACCACAUGAGGAUACAUACUGGAGAGAAACCUUUUACCUGCCAACAGUGUGGAAAGAGUUUCACUCAAAAAGGAAACCUAAUGAAACACGUGAAGUCUCACAUUUGAAAGAAGCCCUUAGCAUGUGAUGGACAUAAAGUUGCUCUUUAUCAUGUACAAACAAACCAGUGUGAUUAUCGUUAAAUGAGAUUUACUGCUCAAUUCAAAUAUGCUUUCAUGCUUUGGCCAGAGAUGGACGAGUUUAGUGCUUGUCAUAGCCCUUAUAUGUUAUAUGUAUAUUUAUGCAUUUAGCAGAUGCUUUUAUCCAAAGCGACCUACAGUACAUUCAGGCUAACAGUUUUUAACCCAACACGUGUUCCCUGGGAAUCGAACCCACAACCUUGCGCUGCUAAUGCAAUGCUCUACCACUUGAGUCACAGGAACAUAAGAAGCCUUAUGAAAAUCAACCAUGCUUUUAGUAAACAUGACUGUAGUCAGCGUAUGAAAGAAGGUUUCACUUAUACUACAACUAAAUACAUGUUCAAUUAUGCAUUAUUGUAUUUUUUACAGGGAAAGUGUUAAAAGCACAUUUUAGUUCAUAUUCAUGGUGUCCCAAAAUAGCACAGUUUAGUACACUAAGUUGUUCUAAGGAUUCUAAGAACUUAUGUUCUAAGAAGAACUGAAGAGUAAUUUUUAGUAUAUUAACUGAAUUUUCUUUUGCAUGAAAAUAGAGAACUUUAAGUAAGUUAUGUAAGUGUACUGGAAUAAAAUUUUAUUCCACUUUUUUUACCCUCCAUUUUACACUUUGGUGCUGCAUCAAUUUAGUUUUAUUCAUUUUUUUUUGUGUACAUAAAAAUAUACACCGCAUGCAUAAUUAUUCGGCAUGUUGAUAUUCUGAUUAUAUUUAUUUUCCAAGCACAUUUUACCAAUUCCAAACCACAUCAAUCUUAAUAACUACUACUAAUUUUGUAUUUAAUCAAUUAUAAUUGAAAUGAGAUUUAUUAAUUGAAUUGAUAUGAAAAAAAAUAGCCAAAAAAGUUGUUUAACUCGGACUGAAAAAUCCAAAAAUUAUUAAAAUCUCCAUGCAAAAUAUUAAAAAAAUAAGUUAAAGAGCCACACGAAUAGGAAAUCAAAAAUUACCUGUAUUACAGUGUAUGAUGUAGCUG